UAGCUCGAAAAUUAUUAUAAUAAAAAGACAAUUAGUGUACACCAUAUUAUGAUUGCACCGAAAAUUCAAUUUGAGAACAGAACAAAAAGCUGAAAUAUUCCAUGGAUAAAAAGAAUAUCUCAUCAUCAACCGAAGAAAUCAACUUAGUCAUUAAAAUUCCAGAGGUGAGUAAAGAUCAUGAGCAGCUGAUGCACCAGAAGAUCUCUGAGCCUCCACGGAUACUCAGCCACGACGCCGGUAAACCUUCCUGUUCAAUUUUCAGAGUCCCUCAGAGUUUAAUCGAAGUCAACGGCAAGAUCUACCAGCCUCAUAUAGUCUCCAUCGGACCAUACCACCGGGGAGAAUCUCAACUGAGAAUGAUCGAAGAGCACAAGUGGCGGUACCUUGGUUCAUUACUAGCUAGAACAGAGAAGAACAGAGGUAUAAAAUUAGAGGAUUACCUAUGCGCCAUGGCUGAGCUUGAACAAAAAGCUAGAGAAUGUUACUCCGAGACGAUUCACUUAAGUACCGAAGAAUUCGCCGAAAUGAUGGUCCUAGAUGGCUGUUUCAUCAUCGAAUUGCUGAGAAAAGCAGCCAAUCUUGUCCUGUUCGAAAAGGACGAUCCGAUUCUCUCGAUGGCUUGGAUUAUUCCCUUUUUCUACAGAGAUUUCCUUCGUUUAGAGAACCAGAUCCCUUUCUUCGUCCUCGAAAAACUAUUCGAGAUCUCCGAAUCUAAACCACAAGAACAACCAGCUCUAACACUCUUAGCUCUACAAUUCUUCGACAAUGCGAUUCAGAGACCAGAAGGAGCGAUCGAGAAGAAUCGAGAUCUAAAACCUCGCCAUUUACUCGAUUUAAUCCGACUGAGUCUGAUCCCAACCAAUCACCCCGAGCCGCGAAUCAGACGAAAGACGCCGGCUCACAUAAUCCACUGCGUUUCUAAGCUGCGCCGAGCCGGAAUAAAUCUGAGAGCCACAAAGGACGAUACAUUUCUUUGUGUAAAAUUCGAAAGAGGAGUGAUAGAGAUGCCGCCCAUAACAAUCGACGAUUUUACGACGUCGUUUUUGGUAAACUGCGUGUCGUUUGAGCAGUGCCAUAAGUCGUGUACAAAACACUUCACAACGUACGCGACACUGUUGGAUUGUUUAGUGAACACUUCUAGAGACGUUGAGUUCUUGUGCGACCGUAACAUAAUGGAGAAUUGUUACGGAAACGACAGUGACGUGGCGCGUUUUAUCAACAAUAUGGGAAAAGACGUUGCGUUUGAUAUUGAUAUGUGUUAUUUGGGGGAUAUGUUUGACGAUGUUCAUCAGUAUUAUCGGAAUAGUUGGCAUGUUCAAUGGGCUGGUUUUAAGUACACUUAUUUUGAUACUCCUUGGUCUUUUAUUUCAGCUUUUGCUGCUUUAGUAUUACUUCUUUUAACUGUUGCUCAAACUGUUUACACUGUUUAUAGCUUUUAUAAACCCUAAUUAAUAUUACUUAACCACAACACACACAUAUAUAAGCAUAUACAUUGUUUUUGUUAUUUUACUCAGAUAUAUAAGAAUAUGUUUUUAUUAACAGCUCACAUUCGAAAA